UUUUUUUGGACAAACUACAGUAAACUCCCCAACCUAUAGGAUCAUUUAUGAGUGCAUACCUGAUUUUGGGGACAUUUAUGAGUACAUACUCAACGUUGCUGAAAACCUACAAUUUACCCCCUCUGUUAGCGAGAUCGUCAGAAAAUUUGUUAUCUCCCUACGUAGCAUUUGUGGGACCUUUUUUUUUUUUUUAACUGACGUGGACUCCACAUAAGACAUAAAAUUAAGAAAAUAAAUGAAAAAACAAUUAAAAAAAUCUAAAAACCCAAAAAAAAAAAAAAAAAAAAAAAAACCUCAUCUUCUCUCUCUCUCUCUCUCUCUCUCUGGCUUGAUCUGAGCCAACGUUUGGCCAACGUCUUUGUCAAAGUUGGAAUUGAGUCUCUGCUCUUGUUCGUCCCCUUCGUCUGUAAGUUCUGGUACAGAGCGAGCCAGAACCCCGUGUGCUGGGAAAGCCUUGUCUUCCCAGACAGCGAAGAAGAAGCUACAAACGAUCCAUGGAGCCUCGACGACUAUGCCGCCAAUCUUCCAUCGACCUACGCCAAUCGCAUCGAAGGCCAGUCCUUCAAUUACUUCACGAGGAGAUUCGUGCGCGAGUUUGAAAUCGACUACAACAGUUUCUCAAUCCGUAGCUUCAUCAAAAUGGUCAUCAAUCACAGCUGUAGCAACACUAAGUUUUUGAAAAUCCCCGAGAUUUGCAGCUACUAUGUGAACGUCAUUGAAAAAAUACUGGAGCGAGAUAGUCAGAUUUGAGUUGGAGAGAGUCAGAUCUAAUGAAGGUGGGGCAGAGCUGUAGGGAGGGUGGGUUGGAGGUCUCGCGUGUUCUUAUUUCCCCUCAAACUCUCUUUCGGCCGCCACUCUCUUGUUUCCGUCUCACACUCAGUUGUCUUUGCUCUCAUCUGCCAUUGAGGCUUUGCUGCAGAAGCUCUCUUUAUUCAGUCUUAGACGGUCCUUUCUUACUUGGGUUUCAAGUGUCCAGCACCACUUCACCAGGAGAACAGAUUGUUACUCAGAAAGACUUGUUUCUUUUCAUACUCUCUAACAGACGGAGACAGAAGAUGCUGGCUGUGAAUUGCAGCUCUUCCUCUUCCACCUGUCGUCCUCCUCCACCAUUGGGCUCCCAUUUAAGCGGACCUGACAAUGGGGUUCUAGUUAACAUGUCACCUACACUCUUCUCCUACUUCAACCCUAUUGUACAGUUGGAUAGGACCUUACCUAACAAGGAUUCCCUUUGUUGUGACUCCGAGGAGGCACUGGGUUGUACUAUCAUCAACUCUUUUGCUUCCACACCAAAGUCUUCCACGGAGCUGAAGGAGGAGAUUGCCACGCUUGAGCUUGAAAUUAUGCAUUUAGAACGUCAUCUUCUUUCACUAUAUAGAACCACUUUUCAAGGAUGUGCCUUGCUGAGUACCCCAGAAAGCCAUUUACAAUUUAAGACGGGACACUCCAAAUUGGAGCUGCAAGUGCACAGAGGUGGAUUGGUCCAUCAUGAUCAAACUUCCCCUGCACAUCGCCGGGUCAGCUCAGAUAAUUGGAAUAGUGCCACCAGCAUAAAAGCCCCAUCUAACUGGGACCGGAAAAUUAAUUCUCGUCAUCGCAGCCUAGCUGAUCAUCUUGGUGAGACUCGCAAUGAUAGUACCCUUAAUACUCCAGAUAGACUUUCUGAAGAUAUCAUAAGAUGCAUCUCUUCUAUAUACUGCAAACUUGCCAAUCCCCAAACCCACACAUGCACGUCAGCGUCGCCUGCUUCCUCCUUGUCCUCCUCAAGUAUAUUUUCUUCUAAGAAUCCUUGUGAUAGUUGGAGUCCACAUUGCAAUGAGGAUGCUACAAUGCAUCAUCAAGGGUUGAAAGAAAACAGUGGACCCUAUGCCACAAUGAUAGAAGUGUUGAAGAUAUGUUUAGAUGAUGACAGCUUCAAUUAUGCUGCUAUGAUGCUGCAAAAUUUCAGGUCAUUGGUGAGAAGUCUAGAGAAGGUUGAUGUCCUAAAGAUGAAGCGUGAGGAGAAGCUUGUGUUCUGGAUUAACAUUCACAAUGCCUUGGUGAUGCAUGCAUACCUGGCAUAUGGAACUCACAGCCGUGUGAAAAGUACUUCAAUUUUAAAGGCAGCAUACAAUAUAGGUGGACAUUGCAUAAAUGCGUAUAUCAUACAGAGCUCCAUAUUAGGAAUUCGAGCACACCACUCAGCACCGUGGCUACAAACGUUGUUCCAUUCAGGAAGGAAGUUGAAGACAGGGAGCAUUAGACAUGCAUACUCGUUAGAAUACCCUGAGCCACUAGUCCAUUUUGCUCUAUGUUCAGGGGCGUACUCUGACCCAGCGGUUCGAGCAUACAGAGCAAAGAGCAUAUUUCAGGACCUGAAACUUGCUAAAAAAGAAUUCAUUCAAGCUAAUGUCUAUAUGUACAAGGAGACAAAGCUUUUCCUCCCAAAAAUUCUUUACUACUUUGCAAAAGACAUGUCACUGGGUAUGCUAGGGCUCUUGGAGGAAAUAAAUGAUUGUCUCUCAGACAUUCAAAAGAAAGCUAUCAGAAGCUGCAUGGCAGGAAAGCUUGACAAGUACAUACAAUGGCUACCUCAAAGUUCAACCUUUCGAAUCAUGCAGCAAAAACCAAUAGCCGACCGUUUCCAAGGACCGAAAGAACCUCUCCAUCCUUCCAGAGAUUGUUGUGGACUGGAGAGGAGAGGGUUGUGGUUGCUGCUGUUGACUGGCGUUUGCUGGUGAAUCAUGGUUGAAGAUAGUUUUUCAGACUCGUCUAUGGACAAAGUUUUAUUUAUUUAUUAUUUUUAUUAUUUUUUUAUUUUUCUGUGGGUCUUUUUUUGGUCUGGUACAAAGUAAACUUAUAAAAGUGUUGUAGCUCAAGUAGUUAAAAGCAUUUAUUUAUUUACCUGAGGUCCUAGGUUUGAUUCCCCGUCCCCAAUAUCGUUUGUAUUAAAAAAGAAAAAAAAAGGAUCAUGCUAUGGAGACGGCAUUAUCAGACAACAACCUUGUAAACCAACUCUCUAAUAAAGAUAGAACCUUCCAAUA